CUCGUGGAGGCGAGGAAAAUGCUGCCCAAAAGCAAACAGUCUGAGUUCAGUAAAAUUUGCCGUGAUCUUGUCAAUGAAAGAUGGACGAUAUCUGGUAAGAGUUCGUUACACUACGGCCUAGAAUGCAAUGAGAAUCGUGAUGGACUACCGACUGGAAGUCCUGCCAAGAAAGCUAGACAGUGUAAUUAUAAGCUGCUUGGUAAUGCCUUGAAAACUGGUAUUUCUGAUGGACAAUAUCGUAGAGAACCUCUGACACUACAACAACUGCAAGUAAGCGAAGGAGGUGACCCUUCUUACGAACGAAAGCAUCCCGCCUCUCAAAGACCCCUACCCGUCCCGUAUCAAGAUGAAAAUGGCCUCUUGGCCGGUGCAACAACAAUCACGCAAGACGUCCCUCUAGCAAGGGAAUUUGAAAAACGCAAGAAUACUAAGGUAUUAAGGAUGGAAAGAGAAUCAAAUUCGGUUAAUUUUGGCUUUAAAAUCUUAGGUGACUUGUUCACUGAAAGAGAAAUAGUCGUUAGAGAAGUUGACAAGCAGUCCAUUGCAGAAAGAGCAGGACUCCGUGCGAGAGACAGAAUUACAAGAAUAAAUGAUAUGAGCCGUGAACGAGCAAGAAAAUCUGACAUAGUGCAUCUAAUUAAGUCCGAGAAUGUGUUAAAAUUGACUGUGAUGAGCACUAAACAUUUUAAGGAGGCACAAGACAUAGAUGUAGAGGAAAGGGCGGUUGCUAUAGAAACCACAGAAGUUCACGAUUAUAAUACCAAGAAAGUAGCUAUUUAUACCAACGAAGAUGGUUGGAUGGGAUGUAGCAUUAGAGGGGGAAUGGAUUACAGGUGUAAAGUGCAUAUCAUUUCUGUUGCUGAUGGUUCACCGGCAGAGAGUGCUGGUCUCAAACAAGGAGAUAUCAUCACUGAGGUUAAUGGCAUUAGUCUCAAAGGCUGCACACAUGUUCAGGCUGUAAAUCUUAUCCUAACAGCUUCACCUCCUAUCUUAUUCACUAUUGAACAUUAUGACAACAGACAUGAUGGUGGAGUCUUGCAGAAGCCAGAAAGCCAGAAUGCUAACAAUCUUCCCCAUACUCCUCUGAGAAUCAAUAAUUGCAGGCCAAGAAGACUUGAGCAGGGUGCAUCAGACAUUGCUCCCUGCCUAUCACCACUCCCACUACCACCACCACUUCCUGGCUGUUGGUACCAGAAUGACAGCCCCUCUGUUGGUGCUAGUGGUGUUGUGAGUUCCCCUUCGGCUCUUCCUCUGAAUACCUUGCACCUGGAUGGUACACCACCCCCACCAUACACUGCCGAGGUUCCCCAGAUGCACAAAGUCAUUCAGAUGGGAGGCAACGCCAGGGAAAAUAGAAACAAUAGCAAUCAUGGUCUGCUUCUGCCCAUGGAAAGUGACAUGCCUUAUCAGCAUAGUUCAAGAACAUUGCAGAAUGAGGAGUUGACCACUGAACAGUCAAGAGAAUCAGAAAGAGAUGCUGUACGACAUUCCACUCAUAAAGGCAAUGAUGUUUCUUCUUUAAGUAAAAACGCCUCUUGUUUGCUUGACAUUGAAACCUCGUCAACAGGAAACACCUACAUAGUUCUUCAAGAUGCUGAAAUCAAUGAUGCUUCAGGUAAUCAAGCAGAGUCUAAUUCUGAGAAAGAGGGGGCAAACACAAAGCCAAACAGUCAAUCCUCUUUACUGGAAGCCAUCAGAAAUUUCAACACAGGAUCACUAAAAACUGCUAAAGAAAAAAAUACUUUACACACUCCUGGUAAAUUGUUUCCAUCAAGUAAAGCAAAUGAUUCUCUUAAGGCUGAUACAGAGCAUGUUAUAAGAAAUGGAAGUUCAGUGUCCAAUGAAUAUCAAGCUGUAGAGUCUAGUGAAGCUGAUCUAAGGAAUAUUAUAAAUCAGGCCUUGAAGAAGAGAAGAGCAGACAUUUUGGAUUCCUCUCAAGAAAGUGUUAAUGAGAGUUACUGCAGUGAAUGGGAUCUUUAAUCCCUUGCUUGCGAUUAGAAAAGAUGGGAAUAAAAUGGAACAUUCAAGAAAAGUAGAGUGAGAUCUUGAGGACAGAUGAUAAAGAAUAAUUUUUGAUUGCUUAGAGAAUGAAGAGUAUAAAGAGUCAUGUGGAAGUGGAUGAGAGAAAAAUAGGCAUCGCAGGCAUAAAAUAUUUAAUUUU